GAUGUGUGUCUUUGCUCCAUCUAGCAAGUUCCUGGGCGAUCAAAACAAACACAGCACACACAAACAGUAGCUGAUGUCAGUGAAAGCUACUGAUGUUAGAUUUUAGUCUGCUGUUUCAUCAUGCUACUGAAAUCAUGUUGUAUUUACAGUAUCGGAGUUUUUUCCAUACUGACUUUGAUCGUGGGUAUUUCUUUGGUCUUGUCUAACGUGUUUCCACAUUUCGUACAGUCGAUGGUUAAAAAGGAAGUCGUUUUGAAGAAUGGCACAGAGGCGUUUGAGGCCUGGGAGAAUCCACCAGCCCCUAUUUACAUGCAGUUUUACUUCUUUAAUCUGACCAAUCCCCUGGAGGUGCUGGAUGGGGAGAGGCCCGCUGUGGUGGAGAUUGGACCAUAUACAUACAGAGAGUACCGGCCUAUGGAGCAUGUGAACUUCCAGGAUAAUGGCACUAAAGUAACAGCUGUCAACACUAAGACUUAUAUAUUCGAGCGUAACAUGUCCCGAGGUCCAGAGAGUGACCUCAUCAGGACAGUCAACAUCCCUGCAAUGACGGUGAUGGAGAGAUUCAAGAACGACUCUUUCAUGGCCAAUGUGAUCUCUUCCUACAUGCGGGGCACAAACGAAAACCUCUUCACCACCCGCACAGUGGGAGAGCUGCUGUGGGGAUAUGAAGACGGCCUGCUCAAAGCCCUUAGAAAUUUCCAACCUGAUCUGGAUGAUGUUUUUGGACUCUUCUAUAAGAACAAUGCUUCCAAUGAUGGCGAAUAUGUGUUCUUCACUGGCCAGCAAAACUACAAGGACUUUGCUAAAGUGGAUACAUGGAAUGGUGAAAGCUCGCUGAAUUGGUGGACGUCUGAUGAGUGCAAUAUGAUCAAUGGAACCAAUGGAGCAUCUUUCCAUCCAGUCAUCACCAAGAAUGAGACGCUCUACAUGUUCUCCUCUGACCUGUGCAGGUCUCUGUACGCUAUGUACGAGGACGAUGUGACAGUGAAGGGGAUCCCUGGGUAUCGCUUCAGUCUCCCUAGCAACGUGUUUGCCAAUAUUACCCUGAACCCAGCCAACGCAGGCUUCUGUGUCCCUUCUGGAAAUUGCAUGGGCUCUGGCGUGCUGAAUGUCAGCCCAUGUAAACAAGGAGCUCCCAUCAUAAUGUCCUCACCACACUUCUACCAGGCAGAUGAGAAAUUUGUUCAGGAUGUAUUUGGCAUGAGGCCUAACAAGGAGCAGCACCAGACUACGAUUGAUAUCAAUCCGCUAACAGGUAUCAUCCUGCAAGCAGCAAAGCGAUUGCAGGUCAACGUGUAUGUCGAGAAAAUCCCCACCUUCAGUCAAACAGGAACCGUGAGGACAAUGGUCUUUCCCGUGGUUUAUCUCAAUGAGAGCGUCAUCAUCGACGAAACGUCAGUCCUGAAGCUGCAGAUGAUUGUUGCCAAGCAGAAUGUCGUGGUGAACAUUCCGUUCAUGCUGAUUGGUCUAGGCAUCAUUCUGGGAGGAGUCUUCAUGUUUCUGAUGUGUCGACAGAAGGUCCCUGAGAGCACUGCUGCUGAACGACAGCCCCUGCUCUCUUCAUAGCACAAAACAGGAUGUGAAAGGAGGAGAAUUGCCAUGUUUGCAGUAUAAGUCAAUAUUUCAAGGCUUCAACUGAUCUGCAGUAUUUAUCAUCAACUCCAAAGUAACAGUUCCCAUUGUUAACCAGAGUUCCACCUUUUAAUCAGUUUUUUUGAUCUAUUGGUUUUAGGAAACAAAGUGAAGAGGACUGUGUUACAGGGUUGGGGUUAAUGUCUUCCUUUCAAGUCUGUUGUAAUGAUGCUAAAAUACCUUUUUAAAUUUUUUUUAAUGAAAUCUUAAAUUGAAAACGUCAGGGCUUGGUCUGACUAAUUUAUUACUAGCAAAUGUUAAAAGUUGGUGUGAAAACGUUUGUAAUUAUACCUGCACUUAACACACACAUGCUUUAUUUUUUAUGUUAUGAAUAUUAUUUCUGUUGCCUAAAAUUUGUUGUUCUCAGAAAAAGUUUCUCAAGUCAUUUUGACAUAUAAUGAGUUGGAUGUUGUGAGAAUAUCACAUUUGAUGGUUUUUGUUCAGACUUUUCUUUCAGUGUCUUGGGCUGGCUGGAGCUCUGAACCUAUAGUGAACUGGAAAAGCUUCCUUUUUAAAACCAUGUACUUUGUCGUAGCCUUCAAUGGAAAUCCAGUAAUCCACAAUACAUGUAAAUAGUAUAAUAACAUCCAAGUAGUAUUACUUCAACAGUAGUAGUGUAAAGGGAAGGUUUUUCCCUGGUGUGGAGUAUGAUGUUUUGUCUCAUGAUGGUGUGAAGCAUAUUUUCCCUCAUUCAGUCAUUCAUUGAAUUUCUACUGAUAUUAUGCUAAAAUUAGUGUAUGAACAGCUUCAUGCUACUACUACUACUGAUAAAUAUUUGACCAAAUGGAAAAUUGUGUUAUACCUUUUAACAACUAGGAAUUGUCCACGAUUUUCAUGGUUAAAUUCUGCACUCCUAAACAAAAUAUUAUCAGAUUAUUACAACUUUAUCUAAAGAUUUGGGGGGCAAAAGACAUUGUUUUUUAUUGGGCUACAGCUGAUUAGGUUACCCAUUCUUAAAAUGCAAUUGAUUUUCUGUCCAGCACUACACAGAAUGUCAUUAAUAAUGUGUAAUUUUCUUUGAAUUUGAAUAACCGCUGUGUCAAACACAUCACUAACAGGUUAUCUAAUUUUGUUGUCGUCUUUAUUUUAUAUGUAAAAAAGAAUGUUGUUUACACUACUACUCCUACAUAGUAAAAUCAAUAUGAAGUCACUGUUUACAUACUCUCAAUAGGUUACGUACAGUAUCUAACAAUUUGCACAUUGUCUUGUCAUUUGCUACAACUUCAAUAAACCUGCUUCAUAUUCUCUGAA